AGAAGAAGCACGAGAGAGAUUCAUAAGUGGGAACAACCUGAAGAGAAGAGAAGAGAAGAGAAGAAGACACAAAGGAAAAGAAGAACAACCAAAAGACUGAAGGCCCCUGAUGUGUGAAACUGUGUGAUCCUGAUUUAAGUCCCACAGGUGAGGUUAUCACAAUGCAAUAAACUUUCUCUUCACUUUCUUCCAAACACACUCUGCUCCACUCACGGAUCUCUAUCCGCCACUCAGGUACACAGUUUUAUUAUCAAGGAUAGGUUAGAUUUUUAUAACCAAAAUUUCAGUAGAUUUUUACUAUUUUACGAUUUAUCUCGAUUUUAUCUCAUACUUCUUCUGCAUGCAAUUCAACUCAUGUGUGGACCCAUUUCUUUUGCAGUGCCCAUAUCUAUGUCAGAGUAUGAGUAUGGUAAAUUUAAUUGGAAGGUUUAAGUGCAGGACAUUUAAAAAGAUGGAAAUAACAUGUUAAGGUCACUGAAAAUGGCAAAGCUUAGUUCAAGUUGCAGCACUGGUUAUGUUUUGGCUCAUUACGGGAUUCCACUUCCCCUUCUUCUCUUAUCACAAUUCUUCUUUCAACUUUCAUGGUGUGGCUCCACAGUUAAGUUCCUUCCUGGAUUCGAGGGACCCCUUCCUUUUCUUCUUGAAACCGGAUAUGUGGGAGUGGGUGAAUCAGAGGAUGUGCAGGCAUUCUACUACUUCAUUGAGUCAGAGAACAAUCCAAAGGACGAUCCUCUCAUGCUUUGGCUCACUGGUGGCCCUGGCUGUUCAGCCCUCUCUGGUCUUGUCUUUGAAAUAGGUCCACUUGGUUUUAAACAUGAAGAGUAUAAUGGAAGCCUCCCAAAUUUGUUCUUGAGGCCACACUCAUGGACAAAGGUUAGUAGCAUUAUAUUUGUAGACUUGCCUGUUUCUACAGGCUUCACUUAUGCCACCACAAAGUCGGCUACUCAACGAAGUGAUUCCACACUAGUUCUCCAAGUCCAUCAAUUUCUUAGGAAGUGGUUGAUUGAUCAUCCAAAAUUUUUGACAAAUGAAGUUUACAUUGGUGGCGAUUCAUAUUCUGGAAUUCCUGUUCCGGCAGUGGUUCAAGAAAUUUCCCGAGGAAAUCAGAAAGGCGUUCAACCAUGGAUAAAUCUCCAGGGUUACCUGCUAGGGAAUGCACUAACAACUCGAAGAGAAGAGAACUAUCAAAUUCCCUUUUCUCACGGCAUGGCACUUAUAUCUGAUGAACUAUACGAGUCACUGCAAAAACAUUGUAAAGGAGAGUACAUAAACGUAGACACCAGAAAUGCAUUAUGUUCCAGAGAUAUGGCGUCAUUUGACGCGGCUAUAUCAGGAAUUUCAGACACGUAUAUUUUGGAGCCAAAAUGCGAAUGGCUUGAUACGGACACAUCUCAGAGGAUAUCACUAAUUAAGAAAUAUCCCGCCAACAAGCUCUCAGAUACUCAUCUCAAUUUGCCACCCUUAAACUGUGGAACUUAUGUAUACUUCCUCUGCGGUUUUUGGGCCAAUGAUGACAAUGUUCGUAGUGCACUGCAUAUCCGCAAGGGAAGUAUAGGAAAAUGGCGUCGGUGUACCUUGGAUAUACCUCACGAUAUGGAUAUUCCAGAAAGCUAUGGGUAUCAUGUAAACCUUAGUAGAAAAGGUUAUCGUUCACUGAUAUACAGUGGCGACCAUGACAUGAAAAUAGCUUUCUUGGCAACUCAGGCAUGGAUAAGAUCUUUGAACUACUCCAUCGUAGAUGAUUGGAGGCAAUGGUAUACAGAUGGCCAAGUUGCAGGAUACACAAGAACUUACUCCAAUCGUAUGACAUUUGCAACUGUGAAGGGUGGAAGCCACAUAGCUCCAGAGUCCAAUCCUAAAGAAUGCUUUGCUAUGUUCAGUAGAUGGUUAUCUAAGAAGCCUUUGUAGGAACAACCAAACUAGGUCAUCUACUAUGAGAGGCAAUCCUCGAGGUAGAUUUAUCUUUGUCAACCAAAUAAAGAUAGUUAUUAUCUUUCUAAAGACACCUUGCAAAUCCUACAAUUGGUAUUUGAAUAAUCGGAUAUUAAAGAUAUUAAGGAUGUGCCAAGUUAAAAGUGAUCACAUUGUAUUGUUUUUAUUGUUA